AUGGAAGAAACCCAGAACCAGAGUCCCACCACCACCUAUGACCUCAUAAUACUAGGCGCCUCAGGUUUCACAGGCAAGUAUGUAGUGAGAGAAGCACUAAAAUUUCUCAACAGUCCAUCGUCUCCACUCAAAACCAUCGCUUUAGCCGGCCGAAACCCAACUAAACUUGCUGAAACAUUAAAAUGGGCAUCUCAUCCAAACCCACCACCCCAAAUCCCAAUUCUCACCGCCGACACCACCGACCCACCAUCCCUCCACCGUCUCGCCGCCCAAACAAAGCUCAUCCUCGGCUGUGUCGGCCCAUUUCGCCUCUACGGAGAGCCCGUCGUCGAAGCAUGUGUUGAUUCGGGCUGCGAUUAUUUGGACAUUUGUGGUGAGCCGGAGUUUAUGGAGAGAGUGGAGACAAUAUACCACGAGAAAGCCGUGGAGAAGGGUCGCUUGGUAAUUUCGGCAUGUGGGUUCGACUCGGUGCCGGCGGAGUUGGGGUUGAUGUUCAAUUCGAGGCAAUGGGUUUCGCCGGCGGUGCCCAACAGGGUUGAGGCGUACUUGAGUCUGGAGUCGGAGAAGAGGGUUGUUGGGAAUAUUGGGACCUAUGAAUCUGCGAUUUUGGGUGUGGCUAAUGUGGAGAAAUUGCAGGAGUUGAGGCGGUCCAGACCCAGAAGAGCUCGGCCUGUGGUAAGCUCUACGAGUCUCCUGCAUUGGGUCAUGCUCUCUGUUUCUGUGCGCACACACACACACACGCUUCAUGUAUAUAUAUAUAUUUCGAGGUUAACUUGUCCAGUGAUUAUUGAUGUUUUUGUAAGUUUGCUGAAAAGAUUUCUUGGCUGCAGAGAGGCUGCAGUUUAUUUGAAAAUUUCGAGUUCUAUUGAUGUCUAUUCUGUUUGCAUAUUUUAUUCCUGGUCCUUCUCCUUCCAAAGGACCAACGAUAGAACACCAGAAGAAGAUUGGUCUUUGGGCUGUGAAGCUACCAUCGGCAGAUUCUAUCGUUGUCCGAAGAACACUCACCACUCUGAUGGAGAACCCCGUGGUCUUCCUGGUUCUAAUGAAAGUGCAGAACAGAUUGAAGGAAGGGAGGCUUUCUGGUCAACAGUGAAGCCUGCUCACUUUGGGGUGAAGAUAGGGUCUAAGUCUCUGUUGGGCAUCUUCCGCUUCAUCAGUGUCGGGAUGUUCAUUGGGCUCUUGGGAAAAAUUGCUUUUGGGAGAUGGCUGCUCUUGAAAUUUCCCUCAUUCUUCAGCCUGGGGUGGUUCAGGGAAAAAGGUCCAACAGAGGAUGAGGUGGCAAGUGCUACAUUUAAGAUGUGGUUUGUUGGACAUGGAUUUAGCGACAGCAGCCUCGUUGCACCAGGAAAGGCAAAACUGGACAUGGAAAUAAUAACAAGAGUAAUGGGACCCGAGAUUGGUUAUUUAACAACUCCAAUUAUUCUGAUCCAGUGUGCUCUCAUUCUACUGAGCCAACGUGGGAACCUGCCAAAGGGAGGAGUUUUUCCUCCUGGGAUUGUAUUUGGCCCAACAGAUCUCCAACAACGACUCCAAGAAAAUGGAAUAUCUUUUGAUGUCAUUUCAAAGGGUGCUCUCUCUGCCUAA